UUCACAAUCACAAACCUCCAAAUCCGCCUGGAUAACGCCUCGAUUAACACUAAAUAUUAAGUAACCGUAUUUGAAAGUAGUUAUUCUUCGUGGAAAUAUGAUUGAGUUACUCGGAUAGUUUUAAUGUACAUUCACCAAGCUGAUACAACUAUUUAAUUUAUCGCACGACUGCUUUUUUACAACUGUUUACAAAGAGUCCUGUUUUUUGUUCUCCAUAGGCUGGCAAUACGAUUUUAACGAAGGAUGGCUUCUCGUGGUAAAUCAGAAACUGGAAAACUGAGGCAGAAUAUGGAAGAGCAACUUGACAGACUGAUGCAGCAGCUUCAGGAUCUGGAGGAAUGCAGAGACGAACUGGAUGAGGAAGAGUAUGAGGAGACAAAAAAGGAAACCCUGGAACAGCUGAGUGAAUUCAAUGAUUCCCUGAAGAAGAUCAUGACAGGAGACAUGACACUUGUGGAUGAACUCAGUGGAAUGCAGCUGGCAAUCCAGGCUGCCAUCAGCCAAGCAUUCAAAACCCCAGAGGUGAUCCGACUUUUUGCCAAGAAACAGCCAGGACAGCUGAGAACCAGACUAGCAGAGAUGGACCGAGAUGUCAUAGUGGGGAAACUGUCACGGGAUGUGUACACACAGCAGAAAAUGGAAAUCCUCACAGCCCUGAGAAAACUUGGAGAGAAGCUCACUCCGGAGGAUGAGACUUUUCUCACUGAAAAUGCUACAGCUACUCUGAGCCAGUUUGAAAAAGUGACUGCAAACUUAGGCUCUGAAGACAAAAUUAUGGCCUUAGCUAGCUCUGGUGUGAAAACCAAGGCAUAGUAAUUCUACAGAUUUUAACUCUGUGUCUUUGUUAUUACCAAGAAAGAAAUGUGCCAAUCUGUCAUUGAUAUUGUAAAUAAUCAGUGCACUUCUAGGUGCUGCUGUAGAUGCUAACACUUUUUAACUGUAUUGUUUUAUACCCCACAACUUUUGUAAAUGUCUUUUAUUUGUCCAGAUAGGUGUGUAAGUGUAUUAUAGGUACGAGCAUGUGAUUUGGUAAAUACGAUGACAUGUACAUGAAUGUGAACGAUAGUCAAGGCAGUUCAAGAGAAAUGUUCUAUUGUGAUUUCUCAUUGGGUUGCUGUGUCUAUCUGUCUUAAAACCUGACAUUUCAACAUGUUUGUUUUUAAGAUAUUGAUAUUGAGCAUUGUAUGGGUGCUGCAACUAGUCAACAUUUAUUUUUAUUUUAACUCAACUGCAAGUGUCUGCAGGGAUUUGGACAAAAUAACAGAAAUACUACAGGGAAAUUAACUUUGAAGUCACUUAAUUACACUACACAGGCAGUAACACAAGUCACUUGGCAUGCAGUAUGUGUACAUCAUAUGAGGUAUGCGUCUGGUCACCUCUGUCAGUAUGGGUUUUCAGAGCCAUCAUACAAUAUAUACAUUCAAAUAGUCCUUAAAUCACAGGUAGAUCAGCCAGGGUUUACGACACAUGCAAAAUAUGAUAUUGACAAAGAGGGGCAGCAGUAAAAAGUCAGAGCUCUUUGACAGGAAUAGAUGGCAGAAUACUUAUUAAACAAAAUUAUUCCUUCUAUUUCCAAUUUAAAUCUGUCUCAACAAAAUAUUUUGUUUCCUACAGCCCACAUUUAGAAGCUGACUGCCGUUUGGAAACUGCAUUUAUCCAGUGUAAAUCUAGCAUUAACAUGCAUAACGAGGGGAAACGAGCACCAAUCUGGACUGACAAAAUAUGAUCAGACGAGUCUUUGACCAGCCUUCCUGCAAAGUGAUUAGAAAUCCACUGGAUGGAUUAGAUGCCAUCUGUUAAACAUUGUGGAGGGUCUUGUGAUGGUUUCUGCGGCCGUCUCAUGAGAGUGAUUCAGUUUGAUUAAUAGUUUGUGCGGACAUUAAACAGCUAAGAGAACACAAGGUCACUUUGCAGCACCAGAUGCAGCCUGCACUGUUGCUCAUGGUGUCUCACAGUGCAAAAUGAUGAGAUGAGAUGCAAACAAAAACGAUUAACAGGAUGAAAUAACACCUUCCAACACCUUUUUAAUCUCCAGACAUGGGAGCAAUUAAGAUGAUUUUUAGAACAUACUGGAGGGCAAAAUAUGAAACAGUUUUUCACCUCCUUUACCUUGAAAAGAACUAGUGUGCUAUGAAAAUGGAGUGUGUCCAACACACAUUGAGAGUGCAUACUGAAAACUGCACAGUGUUAGGUUCUGGGUAUUUAUGUGUUGUUUCUAUUAUUUUGUCCACCCUCUAUACAUUAAUUAUCAAGCAUUUCAAACUGCAUCAGUUAAUAUCUGCAGUUAUAAAUUUGUCAUAAUCAAGUUCAGUAUUGCAUUAUGUUUCAUCUUUAAAUUUGACAAGUUUAAUGUGACAUUUACUGCAUGAGUGUGAUUCAUGUUCAGCUUUGAUUGUGAGUAAAAAAAAA